UGCCGAAUAAAACGCCCCCACGGGAUUCCAGAUUCCGGUUCCAUCGCCCAGAGUCCCGAGCACACGGGUGAACCCCACGCCCCACACCAAUAUAUACAAAUCCGAUUUCCCACGAGGAGCAACGAAACCACCGAGCCAAAGCGACACACGGCGCCGCCCGCCCAACCAUCCGUCCCGUCCACCACGGGCACACGCAAACGCAAGCGCCCUUUUCUUUUUCCAGCCGAUUGACGCGGCGCGCACUUGGCACACACCGAGAUCGUUUUCCGUGGCCAUGGAUUCUUCCUACUACUGCUCCAACUACCAGGCAGCGGCAGCGGCGGCCGCGCCGUGGAGUCGGCCGUGGAGCAAGGCGGAGGACAAGGCGUUCGAGAACGCGCUGGUGCUGUGCCCGGAGCACGCGCCCGGCCGCUGGGAGCGCGUCGCGGCGCACGUCCCCGGCCGCAGCCCCCGGGAGGCCUGGGAGCACUACCAGGCGCUCGUCGCCGACGUCGACCUCAUCGAGCGCGGCGCCGUCGACGUCCCCGCUUGCUGGAACCACGACGAAGACGGCGACGACGACGGCACGGCGGCCCGCCGCGCCGGCAAGGCCCGCGGCGAGGAGCGCCGCCGCGGCAUACCCUGGUCCGAGGAAGAACACAAGCUGUUUCUCGACGGGCUGGAGAAGUACGGGCGAGGCGACUGGAGGAACAUCUCGAGGUUCGCGGUGAGGACCCGGACGCCGACGCAGGUGGCCAGCCACGCGCAGAAGUACUUCAUCCGCCAGGCCAACGCCGCCACGCGCGACUCCAAGCGCAAGAGCAUCCACGACAUCACAACCCCUUGACCGGCAAGCGCUGGCGGGAUCAUCGGCGACGGCGACCGACAGCUACUCCCCUUCUUUAAUCGCCACUACUCGAUCUAGUGCCACUAUGCUUCUUAUCUUAGUUAACCAACGACGUGUACAUUCUAUAUCCUAGUAGUACUACUGUCUUAGUUAGCUCAAGACCUCUGCUCUAGAUUUUCGUAGCGUUUAUUAGGGUGGAAGGAACUAAUGGAGAUCGACGUGGUUAAAACAAAAAGAUGGUGUCUAGGUUAGGUUGAUGCAGAUGUCACGGUUUUACUACGGCUUAGUCAUGAUUUUGUAAACCUGCUGUCGAAGCUGUACUGGAUAAUCUUGUACGGCGAUGUGUCCCAAGUGAUGAAAGGCAUGUGUUGGAGAGACAUGUUGCGA